UGUGUGGGUGUGUGUGUGUGUGAAAUAAAGCCGCUGCGGAGCGAUUGAUGUGUGUUUCUAUAGUGACGCAGCGAGCUUUUACUAUAGCGGGCUACAGCUUAGCAUCUGCUCAGGGAUAGCUGGAGUAGGUAGGGUGAUUUCCGCGGUAGGGUCCAACAUAAUGACCUACCAAAUGCCUACCGCCAAAGUGUUCAUAUCAGAAGGAGGUUUGAGCUAUGGCCGCCCUGCUCCUGGAUACCCAACGUACAGUACCUUCGGGAUUGGAGGACGUAUCGCGUUAAGGCCAUGUCAGAUAAGGAAGUUCCCUUUAAUGCUGCCUCUUAACAGCAACCAGAACGAGAACACGUUAAUGAACAGCUUCAUAAUUAAAGGGAAAUCAAGUUCAAAUAAAGAGGACAAAGUGAUUUCAGAGGAUGUUGACCAAGGACAUGAUAUCUUUGGGAGACACUUCCUAUCUGAGAAAACAUGUACAGAGUUGGAAAGGACCAGACCUAUGGUUCCUCCACUGCGAAAAGACAACAAUGAGCAUCGACAUGUAAAACUUCACCCUUUGAGCCUCUCCGCUGAGUUUCCCAGCAUCCCUUCAGGGAGAUUUUUCACUCUGGGCCAAAAUAUUAAGAGCCAUUAUGGAAGGUCCAAAGAGCCACUUGCGGCUCCAGAGACACAAGUUGCAGACCCUGGAAACUCUGGGGUGAACAUCAGUUCACUUUCCACUUUAAUCUUAAAUGGCAAGAACAAUUUUUCAGUGGAAAGCCGCAAGUUUAGCAGGCCCAAGGUACAUUAUCCAACCCACACCCUGGUGACUGUUAAAGACAAUCAGAAAAGUUGUCUUCAUGCAAGCCAGAGUUAUUCAGACCCAAUCAUCGGAGCCCCUCGCUCUUUUAUCCACCGGAUUUCUGAGCUCUCCUCUUUGGAGGGUGAGACGGUGAGAUACGAGAAGGUUAAGAAAAUCAGGAAAUCUAAAAAUUCUCUGUCCUGACAAUCACCCCAUUCUGAGUCGCGACGGCCCAGGAUUAAGACGUUUGAGUCUGUGCCAACAACUGAACAAAAUAAAACACUUAGUGCACCAUAUUCAUUUCA